AUGGUACCAAAAAAACCAAUGCCAAAGACCAAGAAGGACAUAAUAGAGAAACCGAUAACGAAAACGAGGAAGAUGAAGAAGAAGAAUUAUAAAAGUUUUUCCAUCUACUUGUAUAAGCUACUUCGAAGUGUUACUAAGGAUACUUUCGGUAUUUCUACACAGUCUAUGUUAAUUAUGAACAAUUUUGUUAAUGAUAUGAUGGAAAAAAUAGCAGUGGAAGCUGGAAGGUUGGUGGCUCACGGAAAGAAGACGACCAUGGGGAGUAGAGAGAUACAGACCGCGACAAAACUCUUAAUCCCGGGCGAAUUGGCAAAACAUGCAAAUAUAGAAGCUAUGAAAGCCAUAAUGAUGUUUCAGAGAAGCCAAGACCAAGACGAUUCUUCAAAA